AUGUCCUGCCGCGUCGGCGCAAACUGUGAACGUCUUGGAGCCGUUCGUACUUGCCCAUCCGGUUGGUGGGGGCGAUUCGGGGAAUGCAGGAGAUGCGAUUGCCCAUCGGCGAAGGGAUUUGCCGCUCAGUGCCAUCCACAUACCGGCCAGUGCUUGUGCCCGCGCGAAUGGUGGGAGAGCGGUGGACGCUGCGUGCGCUGCGAGUGCGGCCUUGGAGCAACAUCACUGGAGUGCGAUCCGGAGAAUGGACAGUGUUCAUGUGCUGGAGAAGCGGCGGGAAGGAGGUGUGAUCGAUGUCCGGUGGAGACGCAGGUUCUCGAUCCGAAAUCUCUUCGCUGUUUGUCGCUGCGAGAUCGCUGCCCCUCACAGAUCGACGAAGCAGUACAGUGGCCAACAACAGUACGAGGAGCUACGGCUAGACAGUCGUGUGCUAAUGGACAGAUCGGGCUAGCUACUCGAAAGUGCGGAGAAACCGGCAAAUGGCAACCGGUACAGGACGACAAUUGUACACGAGCGGAAUUCUCGAAUCUGUUGACGCGGGCUUCCUCCCUGAGCGCCGCCGAGCUAGUAGCCACAGUCUGGAACGCAAGUCAAUCGGACCAAGCGGAAGAAUGGAAGGGAAGAAAUCUGGAAAUGGCUCGGAUCGGGAUCGGAAGGGCAUUGGAUAUGGAGACCGCCGGAGAAUCGGAUGCAGAUGGAGGCCCUUCUGCUCAUCUCUAUGAUCAUCAAUUUGUGCAUCGGCUGGUCGAGGCGGCUGGGCAGUUACUGCCCAACGAGUCACCCCAACGGUUCCUCGAACUCCCUCGAAAAUUGGAAAAACUCGGCGAAGCCCUGGUUCGUCUACACCAAAGGAGGAAGUAUCUCGAUCCGUUCGCUGUCCAGACGUCACAGAUUUUCUUUUCGGUCGAUCGUCUGGACAAUCGAGAUUCACUGCCGAAAUUCAACAAUUUUGUGGACGAUCGAGUGGAGGGAUUUCCGGAUAUAAGGAUUACAAUUGCGGAUGAUUCGACGCUGGCUUUUUAUCAGAUAAUCGCCAACCCUCGUUGCCCUCGUUGUUCAACAGCAAUCGUCUCCGUCUCGGCCAAUACCACCCAACCGAUCCUCGUCGAAUUUCCCCUUCGAGAAGACUCCGGCUGGAAAUUCCCGGAAUGCGUCCGUCACUCGGCUGAAGAAUCGGAACAAUGGACUGUGCGAGGAGCCGUUUUAACCGGGCUAAAUGCCACCCAUGCCGUCUGCCUCUUUCACCUUCCCGGACUCUACACAAUUCAUCUCAGGGCGGAUAGUGGCGUUUUGGUGUUCUGCGGCGUCCGCAACGCGGUCCUCUCCUUCACUACGGUCUCACCGUACUGCUGGCUUUUCCUGUACUCCCUCCACCUCUACCGGAUGCUAGCUGAGGGGAAUACGCAAACCAGUGCUGCGGUAUGUCUCCUCCUUGGAAUGGCCCUACCCUGCUGUCUAUCCGUCGUCUCAUUCCUGCUAUCGGCCACCUGCUCAUUGGCCCCGUCGCAUUGGCUGUUUUGGACCAUCGCCCUCCCAAUUGCGCUGUUCCUACUGCUCUCCUUCUACGCAUGCGCCACCUGCCUUCUCAUCUCCCGCGACAAGCACUUCGAGGUGACCGUGGUCAAAUUUGCCCUCCGGAAAGCCCUAUGCCAGCAUUUCCUUCUCGAAGACCAAACGGAUCGUGUCGAGACCCUUUGGGUAAAGGGAGAACCACCGAAGAGUAUGGCUGACGAGCAUGGCUGUACUUCUCCGCUUCUACAUGACGAAUACGCCGGAAGCCGGAUGGGAAGUGGAGGAAGUGCUGCGGGAUGGGCAUCAGGAUCAGAUCGUGUCCCAUCGGAUCCUUACGUACCUCUUCCAAGACCUGUCGGUGGUCUGUCACUACGCGACAAUCCUCUGGCACCCUCAAUUCUCUCGCCAGCGAAUAAGAUCUUCCGCGAGACGAGUGAAUACGCAACCACCGGCUCGCUGUCACGUUUCGGAAAAUACGAGGACGAGAUGGACGACGCGUACUACACAUAUCAGCGCCGAAAGCAAUACCUCGAGCUAUACCUUGGCAUAAAACCAACAAAUGAUGGUGAAAUCCGACAGGCCGCCCCGCCACAAUACGUCAAGAAAUCGCACGACCUGGACUGUGACUUUUCGAAAGAUUGCCUCUGGAAAAACGCCGGUUCUGACGGACUUAUGGACACCUCGCAGUGGUGGCUUUUCGAGAAAACAGACGCCAAGCAAUUUCCGGUGCAAAUCCAGCCGGGAGACGCAGCUCCUCCACAGGGCACCGUAUUCCUGGUGGCCGGAAAUACUACGCGAAAAGCCCAGUCCGCCGUGCUUCUCAGUGCACCCGUCGCUUGUCAACGUGGAUUGGCCAAUGUCACUUUCAACUAUUGGCUGUACAAUCAUGCACGGGUUGAAGUUGUGGCCGUCAGACCGGAGUUGAGGAGAGGAAGGCUGAUGGUUCUCGAACGUGCAAAGUCAGAUUGUCAUUUCAUGAAAGCCAGCGGUCACGUUUGCUCGGCCACGAUUCCUGCUAUUAGUCAGCCAUUCAGAUUUGCUAUUAGAGCCUUCAACCUCAAGGACAACACGGUCGGCUCGAUGGCGUUGAUCAACGGCGUCAAGGUGGACGCUGAUUUAUGCUCACAAUCUCCUUUCCCUCUACUCUUCAAUUCCGUCGCACUCCACCCCAGGCCACGCCCACAUCCGUCAGCUUUGAAAGACGUGGAAUGUGUCGAUCCGAUUAAGGGGUGCAGAUGGACCAACACGUACUCAACCGUCUCGGAGUGGCGAAUUGGAAGAGAUACGGAUCGGUGGUACGAAUUAACAGAGGCUUCUCGCUCCACCACAAAACCAUCAAAAUCCUUCCUAUUCCUCGCUGUCGAUCCGUUGACGCCGAAACCGUACGGAGUGUUGCGUAGUCAAAUGAUUCCUUGCUUAUCGAAGACCGCUACAUUGUCGUUCAGAUACUGGCUUCGUGCCGGGACCCAAGUUGAGGUGUGCUCCGUGGAUGCCAAUGACGUCCCGCUAUCCUGCGCCUAUUUGACAGAAGACGAUUCACCGGGCCCAAUCCAGAUCGACAUCGAGCCCUACAUGAAGCCGUUCAGAUUCACGAUGAACGUCAUCGCAUUCGAUGCCAAUUCCAUGGGUUUGGUGGUGGUAGAUGAACUGAAAUUCACCGGAGGUCAUCUUUGCACCGAACACCCGCCUCUGCCCGUCACUACCAUCGACCCGCCUACGGUAGCCCACCUCUUCGGACUACAACCAAAGCCAGUACUUGGCCAAAAUGACUAUCGACUGACGCUGGAUUGCGAUUUUUCGGAAGAUCAUUGCAAUCAAUGGGUCAACGACGAUGGCAAGCUCAAGUACGGAGCCGCCCCGAAUGGUCUUGAAGAUUUCCCACUACCUAGGGCCAUUAAAGGAAACGUUGCCGUAUUAAUCCUCAAGGGCCAAGACGCAUCCUCCAUCCGAUCCCGCGAGAUUCCGUGUGCAUACAAUGCACUUAUUACCAUCACUUAUAUGAGAUCCGAAUUCGGCUUCCUACGAGUCUGCGCCCUGGGAAAAUGCGUGGAAGGGAAGAAGCGGAACGGUACUUUGGAGGUUCAGGUCUCUUCUGAAGAACCAUUUGAGAUCAUCAUCGAAGCCUCAUCCCGCAAAAAUGCCAUCAUUGUGAUCCCGUCGAUUACGGUUGACGGUGACGUAUGCCCACUCCGAACAGUCGAACAGAUUAUGUGCAACCGGUUACAGUGUGAUUUUAAAGAACACACUUGCAACUACGAAUCUCCUGUCGAAAAGCCAGGCGAUCGCGCGAUAAUGAUGGGAUCGAAUGGUGGAGUCUGUAGCCUUUCCGGCCAGGGGGCCACCAGAUGCGUGCUGCGCUCACCUUACUUUGAUCUGCCCUCGCCGUCGACGAUUGUAUUCCAAAUUACGCAGUUCACAUUCGGCUCCCGAGUCCUGCUGUGCUCGGAUGCCGAUUCGGAAUCGGAUAAUUGCCACGAGUUAAUGGGGCCGAGAGUGUUGUCGCCUGAGCCGAAGAAGGUCGAAUUCGCCAUCGAUGAAUCGGUGCACCAGUUCUCGCUGGUUUUGUAUCACGAUAAGGCCGAUCAAUUCGGAGCCGCUCGAUUCGAAGUUUCCUCCAUCGAAGUCCGAACCGCCGAGGGCUACCAGCUAUGUUUC